UAGAUGCUCAGGACGACAAUGUCUUUAUCAGUGACAGCGAAAAUGAAAAUGUUCCUGUUACCAUGGAUACAUGGUUUUCGGAGCAAGAAGAGGAAUAUGAACGAGAAGAUGUACAGAAAAAGACGUUCACUAAAUGGAUCAACUCACAGCUGGGCAAGGCGAACAGGUCUGUAAUAGGGGACCUAUUUAUUGACCUGAGGGAUGGCACAAACCUCCUCUCACUAUUGGAGGUCCUCAGUGGUACCAAGCUGAAAAGAGAGAAGGGCAAACUACGAGUCCACCACAUCAACAACAUUAACCAGGCCUUGUCUCUGCUGGAAAACAGCUUCAGUAUAAAGUUAGUAAAUAUCAGCAGUAAUGACAUAGUAGAUGGGAACCCUAAACUGACCCUCGGACUGGUCUGGAGCAUCAUCCUACACUGGCAGGUAAAAGAUGUGAUGAAGGAUCUGAUGGACGACCUCAAACAAACUAACCUAGAGAGAACCCUACUGGCCUGGUGUAGGCAGUCCACACUGGGGUACAGAAAUGUAGAAAUCAGGAACUUCACAACAAGCUGGAGGUCUGGACUAGCCUUUAAUGCUCUACUCCAUCACUUCAGACCUGAGUUGUUUGAAUACAACGACCUUUUAACCAAUAGCAAUGAACAGAAUUUAGAACAUGCCUUUAGUAUUGCCCAUGACACACUUGGUAUUGACCGUCUGCUCGACCCUGAAGACGUUGAUGUGGAGAAUCCGGACAAGAAAUCAGUGAUGAUGUACCUGAUGUGUUUUUUCCAAGUACUACCACAUAGCAACAUUACUCCUACUGAGGACAUCCCCGUCACACCUUCUACUGCAAACUCCAUCCAGUCCUCAAAGUCGACGGACACUUUCACCUUCACAGAGAAAAUUACCAAGUCUGAGACGGCUAUGUCCCUGAGUAGUUCGUCCAGUCAUCAUAGCACCAUGAGUUCAGCAGCGACCUCUGUUGACCUCAUGUCCUAUCAGGACGACAUGGAAAAUGUCCUAACUUGGCUCCUGGAAGCUGAGGAAACCAUGGAGAAACAGGAACCAAUAGCAUCGGACGUAGGCAAGGUCAAAGAACAGUUCAACCAACACGAGGUGUUUAUGUUGGAACUGACCAAACACCAGGACAGCAUCGGACUGGUUGUCAAGGAGGGGAAUGACUUGAUUUCAGAGGGCAAGAUACUUGAGGAGGAGGAAAGUGAGAUUCGAGUACAGAUGGGGCUUCUCAAUCAUCGCUGGGAGGACCUCCGAAUGAAGACUAUACACAGACAGAGCUGUUUACACAAGGCGUUAAUGGAACUUCAACAGAAACAGUUGGAUGAGCUUGCUCAUUGGAUGGGCCAAACUGAGGCUCGAAUUCAAAACCAGGAACCAAUUGGAUCAGACUUGGCAGCUAUUCGAAAACAAGUGGAUGAUCAUAGGAAACUACAGGAGGAGCUGGAACAGCAACAAAUGAAAGUCGAUAACCUGCGAGACAUGGUCGUCAUAGUAGAUGAUGAAAAUACAGAACAAGCCUAUGAGGUGAUGGAGAACCAGCUUCAGAACUUGGGAAAGCGAUGGGCAAUCAUCUGUAACUGGACGGAACAACAGUGGCUCCUCCUACAGGAAGUCCUCCUUAAAUGGCAGCACUUUUCAGAGGAGCAGGCCAUGUUCUCUGAUUGGCUAGCUGAAAAGGAGUCUGUUCUCAGUAAGAUGAGAGAGUGUGACCUUAAUGACCCUGACAAGGUCAUUACACAAGUCAAGGAUUUAAAGGCCAUAGAAACAGAUAUGGUGGAGCAAGUCCAGAGAUUUGAUGAGCUAAAUGAGUGUGGUCAGCAGAUUGUCCAGUACGUGGACAAUGAGCAGACUGUCCAACAAAUCAGCUCUCAGUUGGAGGGAUUCCAGGAGAGAUGGGAGAAGCUUGUCCGGCAGAUGGAGAUGCAGAGUAAACAGAUUGCAGGAUCGGGAGUAGAGUUGAGUAAAGUAUCAGUGGAAAUGAUGUCAGAAUUUUCUGCCGAGGGACCACUGAGGUCACCGACGGUGUCAUCUGCCAAGAAGCGAAAAGUUGACACUGCAACACGUAAGGAGUAUGAUUUUGAGAUGACUGAGCUGACCGCAUGGUUUGAGAAGACAGAGUCUGCACUGGAAAUGUUAACUAAGGACGAUGCAUCUCUCUCCCCGCAGGACAAGUUCACUGUGGAGGAACAGCUUGUACUUGUACAGGACACAGAAAAUGAUGUGAAGGCUCACUCAGAUGAGGUGUACAAAGUUCUCUCCCUUGGCAGGAGUAUGCUGACAGAAUUUAAAAUGUCUGGUGAGCCUUUUGAUGCGCUGCAGAAGUCCAUUACAGAGCUCGACCAGCGGUGGGAACGACUCCACAGGCUGCUGGCUGACACACAGGUCCAAGUGGACCUCAACAUGGAGACCAAAAAGUUCUAUGACGAACUUCAUGCCCUCCAAGAACUCAUGGGCAGCUAUGAAAAAUGGGUCGGCACAGCUGAACACAUCGCAGAAGAGGCCACUGAGAUCACGAAACAGCUGGAACAGUGCAGGGUGAAGUUAAAAGCUAUGAAGACCAACGAGGAUCGUGUAGAACAGAUGACGUCCCAUGGCAGAUCACUGGUGAAGCGGUCAAAGUCCCCAGACCAAAUGAACACAGAUCUGGAUUCCUUUAAUGACCGCUGGGAGACAGUGUACAGUAAAAUCAGUAAACGCCAGCAGCAUUUAUCUGAUGCAUUGGAGAAAGCGCCACCAAGAACAUUCUUGGAGGCAAUGGGUGCCCUUCUGAAAUGGCUUAGUGAUAUGGAGUCCGUCCUGGAAACAGAGAAAUUUGUUAUCACAAAUGUUGAGGUGCUUGACACCCAGUUACAACAGUUCAGGUCCCUUCAGACUGACCUGCAGGACCACAUCAGCAGCCUGGAUUACAUCAAUAAAACUGGUCAGGAUCUACUGUCCAAGGCACCGACUGAGGAUAAGGCUCGUAAACUAGAAAAGGACCUGAAAGGCCUGAACUCACGCUGGAGCCACGUUUCCUCAGUGAUAGAUGAACGUUUAGAUAAGCUCGAGCGAGCCAUUGGUCAGCUUAAACAGUACCAGAAUCAAACAGUUGGACUCAACAGAUGGAUGGAGGAGAUGGAAGUGUUCCUUCAUGCUGAAGAUCCAGCUACUGGUGACAUCCCUACACUCUCAGCUCAGAUGAACGAAAGCAACGGUGUUUUGGAAGACAUCAAGACACUACAACAGAAUAUAAAUAGCAUCUCGGAGCUCCACAAGCAGUUAUCAGACAACAUCAACCCUCAGUUCGGAGACAAAAUGACUACAGAUGUCAAAACUCUCAACCAAAAAUGGAACCAGACUGUGUGUCUGGCCGAGGAACAGAACAGUCGUCUGAAGGUGGCGCUGAGUUCCAGUCAAGAUAUCCACGACCGCAUUAAGGUUCUAACUGACUGGCUGGAACCAAUGAAAGACGACCUCUCUAACAAAGAUUAUGCCGUCAACAAUGCUAAUGAUCUUCUUGUCAAAACCAAGAAGUUUAAGUACCUGAAGACUGAUGUUUCGGGAAAGGAAGAGGAGGUGAAUAAAGUGAAUGAAGAGGCAAAUGAGAUGUUGAACAAGGCACCAGCAGGUUCUCUCCAGGACCUGGCCCGGGCACUGAUGAGGAUGAACGCUCUAUGGACUGAUGUCUACAACAGAGUGGACCAUUACUCACAGCUUUAUGCCUCCUCAGACUCACAGUGGAAACAGUUCAAAGGCCUUCAAGAUGAUGAGAAGAGACAGUUCCUGUCUCUGGAAGCCAAACUGAAAAGGUCCAGAAUGGCCAGCUCUGAUGCAGAGGAACUUUCUGAAGAAUUAGAUGAUAUUGAGGUGAGUCUGCGGGAACACAACAGUGACCGUAAGGCCCGACUCCAGGAGCUGAGCCAGCAGCUGAUUGGGAACUCCAUCAUGUCAAGCACGAUCAAGAAAGAAAUGGAGGAGUAUUCCCAAAAAUGGAACCUCUUGGACUGUCAGGCAAGGGAGACAAUCCACAACUUGGAACAGUCUAUGAACCAGGCCCAGACAAUGGAGCGACAGAUCCUCGAUAUGUCCCAGUGGAUGACAGACGUUAGCGGUCUCAUCCAGUCCCGACUCGACGCUGAUGUUCUAGCUGGGGAUGUACCAGAAGAGUACGAGUCCCUGAAAGAGGAGUUUAAACAACAGCAGGAUUUGUUAGGAGAACUGGAACAGCAAGCUCAGAAAUACAAAGAACAAGGAAACUUAGAGGGUGGUGCUCGUCUAGAGAACCAGAUUGAUAUCCUAAAGAAACAUUUCGCUGAUGUGACCAUAACAUUUCGUAAAUUUCAACGACCAACAGACUUCGAGCCAAAGUUAAAUCGAGUCAGACGAGACUUGAGCAAUAUAGGGGAGAGGAUACAUUUGCUGGAAAUCCAGACGGAGGAUCCUGAUGUUCUACAGGCCAAGCAUGACCAAUGUAUGAAAUUUUACCGCAUGAUGAGUGACCUGAAGGGAGAAGUGGAAUAUGUCAUAAAAACAGGACGACAGAUUGUUGACAAGAAACAAGUGGAAUUUCCAGAUAAACUGAACAAACAGUUAGACGCCAUUAAACAACAAUAUAACGACUUAGGUGCCCAGGUGACCAAGGGUAAAACGUCCCUGGACAAGUCCUUGAAGCUUUCCAAGAAGCUUAAGAAGGAGGUUACUGCAGUUGAUGAGUUUUUGCUUUCGGUCAGCAAACAGCUGGACGAUCGAGAUGGGGCUAGUCCAAGCCAGAAUCUUGAUGCUGAUCUUAACUAUGUACAGACUGUACAAGAUGAGAUGCAGAAGAGGCAGACCAUGUUAUCCAGCAUGAGGGAUCUUCUCACACAGCUGUCAUCGUAUGCGGAGGAACCAUUGACUGAUGCCCAGGCCACACUGGAUGAUCUGAGUGAGAAAUGGUCACAACUGACUCUUCGUCUAGCUGCCAGACGAGAACAGCUACAAAAGGAGCUUUCUAAUCUAGAAACUUUAUUUGUAGAAUUCCAGAUGUCCUUGAUGAAGGUCAAGGAUUGUCUAGCAAAGACAGAGGGGGUGCUGGAGGACCACGAGAAGCUGUCGGUACAGCAGCAGGCCUCAGAACUUCAACGAGAUAAAAUAAAGAAUUUGCAGGUGGAGCUCAAUGAGUAUGCCAGUCAGGUUGAUGAAGUUCGGGACACAGCCAUACAGCUGAUGAACAAGAGUGACCGUUACAACAGUAUGGUCGAACCUGAACUGACCCAUCUUAAUCAACGCUGGGAGGAACUGACCAGCAAGGUCAAGGCAAAACAGAUGUACCAAGUGACAGAGAGUUUUGUGGAAAUUACCAGGACAACGGUUACCAAGGUUUCGUCAACAGCUUUCACAUCUUCAUCAAAUGAAGAUAAAUUAGAGGAGGUGGUGCCAGAGACAAUCGAACAAGUUUCUGUGGAAACUUCUUACAAAUCUCCGGAAAGGAAUUUAAAAUCUCCUAGUCAUGACCUUAGUACAAGGUCACAGACACGGGAGUUAAAAUCACCUGAUAGACUGUCUAGCAGAUCACCUAGCCGUGACCUUGUUUCACCAGAUAGAGAGUUAAGGCUACUGACUAAAUCUCCAGACAGUGACCUGAGGUCACCUGAAAGAGAACUUCGGACACCUGACAGAGUUCAAAGGCUAUCACCUUUGACCCCUGAUAGGUACAUUGGUCCUGUGAUGACUGAUGAAGAGUUUCAAGCUUUGUAUGACAGUGUUCUCAAGGAUGUGGUCAUUUUUGACAAUAGUGUUGUGUGUAAAGGGGAGAUUCAACAGUCGGAUGUUAUAGGGAAGCUGGAGGAAAAUGCAGCGAAACUUGAAAUGGAGACAGAUAAGUUGCAGACCGAUGUAAACAAGGUGUCCGACCAUGGGAGACAACUGGCACAUGCCAUAGACUUAGCUGACCAUGACAAGGCCAUCCGCAUCUACCGGCAGGUGGAAGACCUUAAGUCCCGAUGGGGAGCCAUCAAGUCCACUGCUGAUGCCAAGAGGAAAUCAAUGAUUGUAAUAGCGCCCCAGUGGUAUCAAUUCAAACGAGAAACUCAGGAUUUGACAAUUUGGCUUGACAAUAUAGAGCGCAGGCUUAGGACAGCACGAGUCCAACAGGAAGAUAUGAAGGCAUUUGAAGAUGAGCUCAAACGACGUCAGAGCAAGGUUGACUCCAUCAGUCAGAAGGGUGAGGAGCUUCGUCAUGAAGGAGCCUCUGCUAUAUUAGAACCAGAACUUGCUGGUUUGAAUAAGAGGCUUGCAGAUGUCAGCAACCAGGUGGUACGAUACAGGGGACAGCCUGUUACGGAGGAGACAACUGCAGACUCUGCAUUCAUCUCAAGGUCAAGGGCACCAGCCUUGAUGACUUCUCCCAUGGCAACAUCAAGAAGAUCACCUACACAAUUCCUCGACAGCCUUCACAAGAUCUUGGACCAGAUUGCAAACAUACAAGGAAUGCUAAGAUCUCCUGAGCUGCACAGCAAAGACUAUGAGAAUCUCUCCCAACAAGAAAGGCUUCUCAAGAAGGUGAAGGAAGCACUGAACCAGGUACAGCCAGUUGUGGAGGAAGCUGAGCGAGGCCGACAGGAAGUACUACCCCACUGUAGUGGGGAGGAGGUGGGCAGGCUAAGGCUGGACAUGGAACAGGUCAUGGCCGAGUGGAGACAGGUUAAUGACACCUACAUCACCAGUCACAGGCGUUGGUCCAAGGCUGCUGACCAGUGGAGACAGUUCAAUAAUGAAAUGACGGAGCUGAGAGGCUGGUUGGACGAUGCAGAGAGACAACUUCGUAUGUUGGCGGACUCUGUGGACAGGGACACAAUAUAUAAUCAACUGGAAAGUGGGAUAAAGAACCAACAAGGAACUGUUAACAGUAUGAACGCGUCCGGCAACGAAAUAAUCCGUCAGUCUGCAGCGAUAGACGCAGCCACUCUCAGAGGUAAACUCGAGUCCCUGAACCAACGCUGGAAAAAUAUCUGUACCGCUGUUCUGGAGAGGCACGAUAGGUCUGAAACAGAGAGUAUAAAAACGGUGGACUUCACUUUUGACAUGGAUGAGUUAUUUUUCUGGAUUGACGAGACAGAAAACAUUCUGUCUACUUUUGUGAUAUUGGAAGAAGAUGCUUUAGAGGAACUCCUGGAGAAGAUGAGGGACCGAGAAGAUGAAAUUUCUACAAAACAACAGAUUCUAGAUGCAAUCAAUAGAAAUGGUCAUUCCAUGCUGAAACAAGAAUCAAUGUCUGUGGAAGACAAGGAAAACAUCGGCAAGGAUCUAGAGAAUCUUACCACUAGGUUUGCCAAGGUUUCGAAUGAACUGCCCGAUCAGAUCAAAGUGAUGGAGGGACGGCUACACAAACUACGUACAUUCCAACUUGAGAUAGAUGAACUUCAGACAUGGCUCGAGUCUACCAGACAAGUCUUAGAGUUACAACAGAAACCCUCGGGUCUGGACGAGACCGACGCCAUCAUCCUAGAUCACCAGCCAACCCCUGAGGCUUUGGUGUUGCGACAGGCAAAUGUGGAUAACCUUAACCUGCGUUAUAGCCAGUUGAUGGAAGAGAGUGCUCAGGAUGAAAUUAUUGUCCCAGAUACCAUCCAGCAGCAACUCAACAACCUCAACUCUGAUUGGCUGUUAGUGAAACAACUGUCAGAGAAUGUAAAACCUGUCGAAGAGGUCAAAGUUGAAGAAGUACUCAAACAAGUAAAAGUGAGUCAGGUGGAGCUACACCAGGUUACGACCAAGACGACACAGAUAGAACUUCACCAGACCUCGCCCUGGCCAGACUUUGACAAGUCCCUGGCAGAGCUUCGUGAUUGGUUAACACUUCUAGAGAGGAUGCUGAAGUCACAACGUGUCACUGUAGGUGACAUUAAAGACAUUGAACAGAUGAUACAGCGCCAGACGAACGUACUACAGGACAUGGAGACCAAGAGACCACAGCUGGAAGAUCUGCUGAAUGCUGCAGAGAGUCUUCAGAAAAAUGCCAGUGAAAGUGAAAGGAGAACUCUAAAAGAAAGAGCGGAGAAAUUGCGAGAACAGUGGGAUGAGGCAUACGUUCGCGUUAAUCGUAGAAAAAACCAGUUGGAUGACAUGCUCUUAGAAUGUCGCCAGUUUGACGAAAUACAUGCAGAGUUUGAGCGCUGGCUUCUACAGGUGGAGGAUGAGCUUGAAAAAAAUCCAGUAGAUCCUCGUGCCAAGGACGUGGAUCAGCAGAUUGCCCAGCAACAGGCUCUUCAGAAGGAGGUUGAUGAGCGACAGAGAAUCAUAGACAAUGUGAAGAAGCUUGCGAGUAAGCUGAUAGAUGAGUACAGUCAUGAUGACACAAGUCACGUGAGACUUCAGCUCGAAAAGGCCAUGAACCGAUGGUCAACACUUCUGCACAAGUUGGCGUACAACAUCAAGACCCUACAGAACAACCGUAACUCCAUACAACAGCUGGACACUACGCUGGACAGCUUCACCCACUGGCUAGGAGGGAUAGAGAACAGCUACCAACGCCUCUCUCACGAAACCUGCAAGGAGGAAGUGCGACAAAACGAGGACCUCUGUAGGGAAUUCCUGGAACAAUUCAGGGAUCUUCAGGCAGAAGUUGAUGCGAACAAGAGCACAUACGACUCUCUGAACUCUGCUGGGAAUCAACUGGCUCGCAACAUGGUGGCGACCGACGCACAAAAGCUCCACCGACGUCUGGAGGAGAUGAACCAGCGAUGGAUCAACCUGAUGACUAAGUCCAUGGAAAUAAGGGGUAGACUCGAAAGUAAUGCAGAACAAUGGCUCCACCUAGUAAACACAUUACAGGAUCUGAUUGGCUGGCUUUUGACCAAACAGCAAGAGCUCCACAAACAACGACCAAUUGGAGGGGACCUUUUAACUCUUCAAAGUCAAAGCGAGGAAAACAGGAGACUACGCCGACAAUUAGACACAAAGAGACCUAUUAUAGAACAGAGUCUGGAGGCUGGGCGUCAUUACCUGAGAGAGGAAGGAGAAGACAAGCGUCUCAGUACAGAUAGUGGUGAAAGUAGUGAACAUGAGGAAGUACCGCCUACAGAAACAUCACCUGAAAAAGAGGCUCGCCAUCUAAUCAAGAAAAUCCGUCGUCAAGUGAGACUGCUCAAUAGGAAGUGGGUGGAAAUUAAUCAAGGAUGUAAUGAGUGGCAGGCUAGAAUAGAGGAAGUCACGGAGAAAAUGGUAGUUCUUCAGGACGGUUUAGAAAAUUUGAACAGUCGACUCAGGGAAGCAGAACAGGAAAAAACAAAAUGGCCACCAAUAGCUGACAUGAUUAUAGAAAAUCUACCCACAGAAAUAGAAAAUAUAAAAGCAUAUCAGAAAACAUACGCACCAAUCCAGGGCCAGGUUGACAGUGUGAAUGACCGUGCCAAUGAACUCCAAAACCUCAAAGUAAUACUCAACCAUGUGAACGUCCACAGACUGGAAGACUACAACACUCGAUGGCAGGAGCUACAGAUUGCCGUGGAGGAUCGCCUUAGAGACCUACAAGAAGCUCUUCGGGACUUCGGCCCCGACUCUCAACACUUUCUUUCAGUGUCAGUUGAACAGCCUUGGGAACGAGCUGUGUCUGGAAACAAAGUGCCUUAUUUUAUCAAUCACACAACAGAAACUACUCACUGGGACCAUCCAAUGAUGACUGACCUUAUGCAAGCCUUAGCUGACCUUAACAACAUUAGAUUCGCAGCCUACAGGACCGCCAUGAAACUCAGGAUGUUACAGAAGAAGCUCCGAUUGGACCUUCUAGCUAUAAAUGUUGCUGUAGAAGCAUUCGACCAUCACAACCUGCGAGGUCGUAACGACAGUCUAAUGAACGUUAUAGAGAUGAUCAACUGUCUGUCUACUAUGUAUGAUAACGUUUCUGUGGAACAUCCGGAUCUAGUCAAUGUUCCACUCUGUGUCGAUUUGGUGCUUAACUGGGUGCUCAAUGUUUAUGACAUAGCGAGGAGUGGGAAGGUGCGAGUUCUUUCCUUUAAAGUCGGUAUCAUCCUUAUGUGUAACGGCCAUUUAGAUGAUAAAUAUAGAUUUUUGUUCCGGUUGAUAGCUGACACAAAUGGUUUCUCCGACCAACGGCGGCUUGGCCUUCUCCUCCACGACAGCAUGCAGGUUCCUCGGCAGCUGGGGGAGGUGGCAUCAUUUGGUGGCAGCAACAUAGAACCAAGUGUCCGCAGCUGUUUUGAAAAGGCCAAUGGUCGACCAGAAAUCCAAGCCACCCACUUCCUAGAUUGGCUCAAGAUGGAGCCACAGUCCUUGGUGUGGCUUCCGGUGCUUCAUCGCCUAGCAGCUUCUGAAACUGCCAAACACCAGGCCAAGUGCAAUAUUUGUAAAGAAUUUCCAAUAGUUGGUUUUAGAUACCGAUGCCUUAGGUGCUUUAAUUUUGAUGUUUGCCAAAACUGCUUUUUCUCAGGAAGGAAAGCCAAGACCCAUAAACUUUCACAUCCUAUGCAAGAAUACUGUACCGCAACGACCUCAGGGGAAGAUGUCAGAGAUUUUACAAAAAUGAUAAAGAACAAAUUUAAGACAAAGAAACAUUUUAAGAAACAUCCUCGUCUUGGCUUCCUCCCCGUACAGACGGUACUUGAGGGUGAUGUUCUUGAAAG